GUGGCACAGGCCGGCAGAAGACAGGGCUGCUCAGGCCCACUGGGGACUCCUCCUUCAGGACUCCACUCCACCCAGGUGCUCCUGUGGGCUCCAGGGUCUCCCACCCCUCAUCCCCUCUGCAGUAGCUAUGCAGAAAGCCCGGGGGACCCGGGGAGAAUCUGUCAGCCCAAGGGCACCCCCCAGCCCAGGUGUGCCCCCAAAGAGGGCCAAGGUGGGGACUGGGGCUGGAGCUAGGGCUGGGGCUGGAACUGGGGUCCGGGGAACAACAGCGGGAGCCCCAGUCUUCCUUCGGCAGCUGAAGAACACAGCCGUUUUCUCUGGCCGGGAUGUGAGGCUGCAGGUGGCGGUGAGUGGGACACCCCAGCCUGCCCUCAGCUGGUUCCGAGAUGGGGAUCCCCUUCCUGACCCAUCCCCGGACCCCAGCUGCCUUUGGCUCCAUGGCUGCAGGGCCCAGGAUGCAGGAGCAUACACUUGUACUGCCAGGAACGAGCAGGGAGAGGCUUCCUCUACCGGGGUCCUGACUGUGCUGGAAGUGGAAGUUUUCCGCUCCUGCAGAAAGCAAAGUUACGACUCGGAGACCGGUGAAGAUGAUAUCAGUGAUGCUCAAGGGACACAGCGCUUGGAACUACGAGAUGAUGGGGCCUUCAGCACUCCCACAGGGGGUUCAGAUACCCUGGUGGGCUCCUCCCUUGACACCCCUCCGACCUCCGUGACGGGUACCUCUGAGGAGCAGGCGAGCUGGUGGGGCAGCGGGCAGACGGUGUUGGAGCAGGAGGCGGGUGGCAGCGGUGGUGGCGGUAGUUCCCGCCGGCUCCCAGGCAGCCCAAGGCAAGCACAGGCAGCCGGGGCCGGGGCCGGGCCGCGGCACCUGGGGGUGGAGCCGCUGGUGCGGGCAUCUCGUGCUAAUCUGGUGGGCACAAGCUGGGGGUCAGAGGAUAGCCUUUCGGUGGCCAGUGACCUGUACGGCAGCGCGUUCAGCCUGUACAGAGGACGAGCUCUCUCCAUACAUGUCAGUGUGCCACAGGGUGGGCUUCGAAGAGAAGACCCCGACCCUCAGCCCCAGACUGCCAGUGAAGCUCCAAGACGGCCUGCCCAACCACCUCCUUCCAAAUCAGCUCUGCUCCCGCCACCCUCCCCAAGGGUGGGGAAACGGCCGCCUCCUGGGCCUGGUACACAGCCCCCUGCCACCCCCACCUUGCCCCUUAGGAAGCCUCAGGAGCCAGGCCCACUGGAAGAGUUGGAAGAGAAGAGGGGGAAGAAGCCCAAGUCAUCAGGGCCCUCGCUGGCGGGCACCCUGGAGUCUCGCUCCCAGACACCUCUGAGUGAAGCUUCAGGCCGCCUUUCUGGCGUGCGCUGCUCCCCGAGGUUGGUGCGAGCUGGCUCCCGGAUCUUAGAUAAGCUGCAAUUCUUUGAGGAGCGUCGGCGCAGCCUGGAGAAGAGUGAUUCCCCGAUUCCUCUGAGGGCAUGGGUUCCCUUGCGGAAGGCACGGUCCCUGGAUCAGCCAAAGGCCGAAGGCGGACAGUGGGACACACCGGGGACCUCAAGGGAAGAGUUACGAGGCGAGCUAGGCACUGUGGCAGAAAGGCGCUGGGCGUUUCGGCAGAAGGCGGCCUCGUUGGAUGAGCGUGUCCGGCAGCGUAGCCCCAGCCCGGCCUCUGACCUCGAGCUCCGCUUUGCCCAGGAGCUGGGGCGCAUCCGCCGCUCAGCCUCCAGGGAAGAAUUAGUUCGAUCUCAUGAGUCUCUGCGGUUCACAUUACAGAGGGCUCCAUCUCCCCGGGACCCAGCGGAGCCUCCCCUCUUCUCUAGCCCCUCUACCCCAAAGACUCCCCCACCAGAGAGCACCUCCACCAUCCAGCAGCUGGCCCUGAGCAGCGUGGGGAAAGUUGGAGAGGAGGCAGCAGGAAAGGGGUCCAGUGUGGCCAGAGGCCGAGGGCUGGGAGGCAGGACAGAACUUGGUGAAGGCCACCAGCAGGAGGUUCGUCGGAGAGAACAGUUCCCACUUACUCGGGGGAGGGCUAUUCAGGAAUCCAGGAGCCCUGAACCACCUGAGCCCAGGACAAAAGCACAUCUAGGUCGGAAGAGGGAUCCCCCCAUGCAAGCUGUACGCUUCUUACCCUGGGCCGUGCCUGAGCCAGAGGGGACUGCCAUCCCCCCAAACCUGGAAAAGAACCAGCCUGGGCCUGAAGCAGAGAAGAGAUUACGAAGAGGCCCAGAGGAGGAUGGACCCUGGGGGGCCUGGGAUCGGCGAGUGCCCCGUAGCAAGGGCAAAGGUCAUCAUCGGAUACGGCCUACCUCACCUGACCUUGAGUCCUCGGAUGACUCCUAUGUCUCAGCUGGAGAGGAGCCCUUAGAAGCGCCUGUCUUUGAGAUACCGUUGCAGAGUGUGGUGGUGGCUCCAGGGUUCGACACGAUGCUCAAAUGUAUUGUCACAGCCAACCCCCCAGCCCAAGUGUCUUGGCAAAAAGAUGGCGCAGCCCUCCAGAACAGUGAGCGGGUCCUCAUCCGGGCUGAAGGGGAGCGGCACACUCUGUUGCUGCAGGAAGCCCACUUAGCUGAUGCUGGCCACUACACCAUCACCGCCACCAACGAGCUGGGCCAAGCCAGCUGCAAUGCCUCACUCUCUGUUGAACCUGGAGGGGCCACAUCCCCUUUCAGCAGCCCCAUCACAUCAGAUGAAGAGUAUUUGAGCCCUCCUGAGGAGUUCCCAGAACCAGAAGAGGCCUGGCACAGAACUUCUGCCAUGAAGCUCAGCCCCAGCCAGACUCAAAACACCCCAGACACCAGCUCCAGGGCUCCCCCCAUCUUCAAGGUUUCACUCAUGGACCAGUCAGUAAGGGAGGGCCAGGAUGUGACCAUGAGCAUCCGAGUGCAGGGGGAGCCCAAACCUGUUGUCUCCUGGCUUCGGAAUCACCAGCCUGUACGCCCGGACCAAAGACGCUUUGCCGAGGAGGCAGAAGGCGGCUUGUGUCGGCUUCGUAUCCUGGCAGCGGAACGUGGAGAUGCUGGCUUCUAUACCUGCAAGGCAGUGAAUGAAUAUGGCACCCGGCAGUGUGAGGCCAGACUGGAGGUCAGAGUGCACCCUGAAAGUCGGUCCCUGGCGGUGGUGGCCCCCCUACAGGACGUGAACGUGGGGGCCGGGGAGAUGGCGCUCUUUGAGUGCCUGGUCACAGGCCCUGCGGACGUGGAGGUAGACUGGCUGUGUCGGGGCCGGCUGCUGCAGCCUGCCCUACUCAGGUGUAAGAUGCACUUUGAUGGGAGGAAGUCCAAGCUGCUGCUCACAUCUGUGCACGAAGAUGACAGUGGCGUCUAUACCUGCAAGCUUAGUACAGCCAAAGAUGAACUGACCUGCAGCGCCCGACUGACUGUUCGGCCCUCACUGGCACCAUUGUUCACAAGGAUGUUGGAGGAUGUGGAAGUGUUGGAGGGCCGUGGAGCUCGGUUUGACUGCAAGAUCAGUGGCUUGCCACCCCCCACCAUCACCUGGACCCAUUUUGGUAACCCCGUGAAGGAGAAUGAGAAUGUGAGGCUGCGGCAUGAAGGGGGCCUUCAUUCCCUGCUCAUAGCCCACGUGGGCAGUGAGGAUGAAGGUCUGUAUGAAGUCAGUGCCACCAACAUUCAUGGCCAGGCCAACUGCUCUGCCCAGCUCUACGUGGAAGAGCCUCGCUCAUCCACCUCAGGUCCCAGCUCCAAGUUGGAGAAGAUGCCUUCAAUCCCUGAGGAACCUGAGCAGGGAGAGCUGGAACGGCUGUCCAUGCCCGAUUUCCUCAGGCCACUGAUGGACCUGGAGGUGGGGCUGGCCAAGGAGGCAGUGCUAGAGUGCCAGGUGGCUGGACUGCCCUACCCCACCAUCAGUUGGUUCCACAAUGGCCAGCGCAUCCAGAGUUCGGACAAUCGUCGAAUGACACAGUACAGGGAUGUACAUCGACUGGUGUUCCCAAUGGUGGGGCCACAGCAUGCUGGUGUCUACAAGAGCGUCAUUGCUAACAAGCUGGGCAAGGCUGCCUGUUACGCCCACCUCUAUGUCACAGAUUUAGUGCCUGGUCCUCCUGAUGGGCCCCCACAGGUGGUGACUGUGACUGGGAGAAUGGUUAUGCUCAAAUGGAACCCUCCCAGUAGUGUCGACAUGGCCAUUGAUCCAGACACUCUGACCUACACAGUUCAGCACCAAGUGGUAGGCUCAGGCCAAUGGACAGCUCUGGCCAUGGGCCUCCGGGAGCCAAGCUGGGCAGCCAUGGGGCUGCGCAAGGGGGCACAGCACAUCUUCCGAGUCCUCAGCACCACAGUCAAGAGCAGCAGUAAACCUUCCCCAGCUUCUGAACCCGUGCAGCUCUUGGAAAGGGGCCCAGUUCUAGAAGAAGCCCCUGUUGUGCUGGACAAGCCAGAUGUGGUGUAUGUGGUAGAGGGGCAGCCGGUCAGUGUCACUGUCACCUUCAACCAUGUGGAAGCCCAAGUCGUCUGGAGGAGCUGUCGAGGGGCACUAUUGGAGACGCGUGCAGGAAUGUAUGAGCUGAGCCAACCAGAUGAUGACCAGUACUGUCUGCGCAUUUGCCACGUGAAUCGACGAGAUGUGGGCCCCCUCAGCUGUACAGCAAGAAACCGGCAUGGCACCCAGGCUUGCUCUAUCACCCUGGAACUUGCAGAGGCUCCACGGUUCGAGUCCAUCAUGGAGGAUGUGGAGGUUGGAUCUGGAGAGACAGCUCGUUUUGCCGUUGUGGUGGAAGGGAAGCCGCUGCCGGACAUUAUGUGGUAUAAGGAGGAGGCCCUAUUGGAGGAGAGCAGCCAUGUGAGCUUCGUGUAUGAGGAGACUGAGUGCUCCUUGGUCGUGCUGAGCACGGGACCCCAAGAUGGCGGCGUCUAUACCUGCACGGCUCGCAACCUUGCAGGGGAGGUGUCUUGCAAGGCCGAGCUUGCCAUUCGAACAGCUCAGACAUCCAUGGAGAUUGAAGGAGGAGGGGAAGAUGAAGAGCUUCGAGGACGGAGACUUAGUGACUUUUAUGAUAUCCAUCAGGAGAUUGGCAGAGGUGCCUUUUCUUACCUUCGUCGGGUGGUGGAGCGGAGUUCUGGUCUCGAGUUUGCUGCCAAAUUCAUCCCGAGCCAGGCCAAACCAAAGUCAUCUGCACGUCGGGAGGCCGGGCUGCUGGCCCGGCUCCACCAUGACUGUGUCAUCUACUUCCAUGAAGCCUUCGAGAGGCGACGGGGCCUUGUUAUUGUCACUGAACUCUGCACAGAAGAGCUUUUAGAACGAAUGGCCAGGAAACCGACCGUGUGUGAGUCCGAGAUCCGGGCCUAUGUGAGGCAGGUGUUGGAGGGGCUCGCUUACCUUCACCAGAGCCGGGUGCUGCACCUGGAUAUCAAGCCGGAGAAUCUGCUGGUGUGGAAUGGGGCCGGGGGCAUGGAGCAAGUGCGAAUCUGUGACUUCGGCAAUGCCCAGGAGCUGACCCCAGAGGAGCCCCAGUAUUGCCAAUAUGGCACCCCUGAAUUUGUGGGGCCAGAGAUUGUCAACCAGACACCUGUGUCCAGAGUCACCGAUGUCUGGCCUGUGGGUGUUGUUGCAUUCCUCUGUCUGACUGGCAUCUCGCCCUUCGUUGGAGAGAAUGACCGGACGACAUUGAUGAACAUCCACAACUACAAUGUGGCGUUUGAGGAGACAACGUUCCUCAGCCUGAGCCGAGAGGCCCGGGGCUUCCUCAUUCGAGUUCUGGUUCGAGACCGGCUGCGGCCCACAGCCGAGGAAACCUUGGAACACCCUUGGUUUAAGGCAACGGCAAAGGGUGCAGAUAUCAGCACUGACCACCUGAAGCUGUUCCUGUCCCGAAGGAGGUGGCAGCGUUCCCAGAUCAGCUACAAGUGCCAUCUGGUGCUGCGCCCGAUCCCAGAAUUGCUGCGGGCUCCCCCUGAGCGGGUGUGGGUGGCAGUGCCUCGGCGCCCACCCCCAGGGGGUCUUUCAUCUUCCUCAGACUCAGAAGAGGAGGAACUGGAGGAAUUACCCUCCGUGCCUCGGCCGCUGCUGCCUGAGUUCUCUGGCUCACGAGUCUCUCUCACUGACAUCCCCACUGAGGAUGAUGCCCCUGGGGCUCCUGACGCUAGGGAUUCCACCCCCAUGGACUGGCAGGAGCAGGGUGGGCCCCCCCCAGGAGACGGUAGUGCUCCGAGCUCUCAGGCUCUCCCCUCCCCAGGCCCACAGCCCCCAGAAAUGGCCACUCCCCGCCGGGGGGAGCUUCGCAGGGGUAGCUCAGCAGAGAGUGCCUUGCCCGGGGCAGGGUUUCGGGAGCCUGGCCGGGGGCUGCAGAAGGCAGCCUCGGUGGACCUGCCCCAGCGCCGCAGCCCUAGCCCGGGGGCUGCCCACCUGGUGAGGGGGGGCCUGGGUGAGGGAGAGUAUGCCCAGAGGCUCCAGGCCCUACGACAGAGGCUCCUUAGGGUGGGUCCUGAAGAUGGCAAGGUCAGCGGCCUCAGGGGACCUCUGCUAGAGAGCCUGGGGGGUGGAGGAAGGGCCCGUGAUCCCCGGAUGGCACGGGCUGCCUCCAGUGAGGCAGCCCCCCAACACCCACUGCCCCCUGAGACCCGCAGCCUUCAGAAAAGCAGCAGUUUUUCCCAGGGGGAGGCAGAACCCAGGGGGAGGCACCGACGGGCAGGAGCCCCCCUGGAGAUUCCUGUGGCCCAACUUGGGGCCCGGAGGUUACAGGAGUCACCUUCCCUCUCUGCCCUCAGUGAAGCCCAGCCUCACGGCCCUGCCAAACCCAUCCCUGCCAAGCUGUCUCCUACAAAACCUGUUUCCCCAGGACCCACUGAGCAACCCUUGGCUGCCUCCAGGGGCUCUCCCCGGCCAGGGCCCCUCAAGACUGCUCGAGAAGAGCACGUGCCUAAGCCAGGACCUUCCAGGGCCCCAGAACCUCCAAAGGCAGCCGUGGUCUCCCUGGUCCCAGAGACCCCCCUCACCCCCUAUGCCCAGAUCAUGCAAUCUCUCCAAUUGCCUGGUGCUCCGAAGAUCAUCUUGGGCCCUCCCCCGGAGCCUAAGCCCCACGCGGCUGUCUUUGCCAAGGUGGCUUCUGCACACCCCGGGAAGCAAGGGCUGGGGGUCAAGGGGCUUGCUCCUCCUUUUGGGGAGAAGACAGUGGUUCCCUCAAGGCCCACUGGCUCAGAUAGGAGCUUAAGCAGCAUUGAAAAUCUGGACUCAGAGGAAGUGUUUGAAGCUAAAUUCAAGAAAAGCCGCCAGUCUCCCCUGGCUCGGAGACUGAGGAUGCUGAGUCGCUCUCAAUCCGAGGAGCGGGGCCUUUCCCGGGGAUCAGAGGAGGAAGAUGGCAUGUAUAGGCCCAGCCCAGCUGGGACCCCGCUGGAGCUAGUGAAGCGGCCUGAGCGGUCCCGUUCCGUGCAGGACCUUCGUGGGCCUGGGGGGGCUGGGGAGCUGGGGCUGGUACGACGCCUCUCCCUGUCCCUGUCCCAGAGGCUUCGCCGGACACCCCCCUCUCAACGUCACCCAUCCUGGGGGUCUUCCCGGGCUGGGGAUGGAGAGAGCUCAGAGGGGGGUGACUCGGCCAGGGGAUCCCCAGUGCUGGCUGUUCGGAGGAAGCUCAGCGCCACCCUGGAGCGACUCUCGGGCCGUCUGCACCGGAGUGGCAGCAGCGAGGAGUCAGGAGGCCGAUCUGGUGGGAGCACUCCACUGCUGGGCCGGCUGCGCCGGGCGACAUCCGAGGGGGAGAGCCUGCGACGCCUCGGCCUACCCCACAACCAGCUGGCCCAAGCGGGUACAGCCACACCCUCAGCAGAGUCACUGGGUUCUGAGGCUAGCGCUACCUCAGCCUCUUCAGGUCCUGGGGAAGGCCGGACUCGGUCCCGCUGGGAUCGCUGGGGCCUGUCAAGGUCACGGAAGGACAAAGGAUCAUCGCAGCCUAACCUCCCAUCCAGUGUCCAGGAGGAUUCGACUUUGGGCUACCAGUAUGUGCGCAGUGAGUCAGACUUUCCUCCUGUCUUUCAUAUCAAGCUGAAGGACCAGGUGCUGCUGGAGGGUGAGGCAGCCACCCUCCUGUGCCUCCCAGCAGCCUGCCCCGCACCCCACAUAUCCUGGACAAAAGACAAACAGUCCCUUCGGUCAGAACCAUCAGUCACUAUAGUAUCCUGCAAAGAUGGACGGCAGCUGCUGACCAUCCCUCGUGCUGGGAAGCGCCAUGCUGGGCUGUAUGAGUGUUCUGCCCGCAAUGCCUUGGGCAGUGCCACCAGCUCCUGCACCCUGGCUGUGGCCCGCCUUCCAGGCAAGCUGGCUCCCCCUGAAGUGCCCCAGAAAUACCAGGAUACAGCAUUGGUGGUUUGGAAGCCUGGAGACAGUCGAGCACCUUGCACAUACACGUUAGAGCGACGUAUUGAUGGGGAAUCCGUAUGGCACUGUGUGAGCUCAGGCAUUGCUGACUGCUACUACAAUGUGACCCAGCUGCCACCGGGCAUGAGUGUGAGGUUUCGAGUGGCCUGUGCCAAUCGAGCUGGGCAGGGUCCCUUCAGCAACGCGUCAGAGAGGGUCUUUGUUGGGAAAGCCACAGAUACCCCAGUUUUGAAAUCUACCACUCAACAAGAAAUCCCUGUUACCUCUGUGCCAGCUGGGACCCCCAUUCCUUCCACUCCUACCUCACCUAUCUCUCACCCAACCCCAGCCUCAGCUGCCUCAGCCCCAGACUCGCCAGCCCCAGCCACACCAACCUCAGCCAUCCCAACUCCAGCAUCUCCAGCCCUGGCCUCCCCAGCUGCACCACACCAGCCCCCUCCAGCCCCAGCCUCUCCCUCUCCCCCAACGCCCCUCAACCAGGUCCAGUCUCACCUCAAGGCUGGCGGCCCACCUCCCCCAACUCCUCCGAGAAAGCACAGGGGUCUGCUGGCUGCGCGGCAAGUAUCCCUCGGUGAUCACCCCCCGCCUAGUAGGCCCGAGUCUCUUGCCUCCAACACAAAAGCCCCAUCCCCUAGCACCCCAGAGAGUAAACCAACCUCCUCCCCAGCCCCUGUGUAUGUGGUGACUUCUUUUGUGUCAGAACCCACUGUCCCUGAGCCCCAAGUCCCUGAGCCUUCCCGUAGCCCCACUAAGGUGACCGUGCGCAGCCUUAGCCCAGCCAAGGAGAGGGUCAGCUCUCCAGGAAGUGGACCCCCCACCUCUCCUGGCCCUGAGGGCACCACACUUCGUCAAGGACCUCCCCAGAAACCCUACACCUUCCUGGAGGAAAAGGCCAGGGGUCGUUUUGGUGUGGUGAGGGCUUGCCGGGAAAACGCCACAGGCCGGUCAUUCGUGGCCAAGAUCGUCCCCUAUGUGGCAGAGGGGAAGCAGCGGGUGCUUCAGGAGUAUGAAGUAUUACGCUCUCUACACCACGAGCGGCUCAUGUCCCUGCACGAGGCAUACAUCACCCCCCGCUACCUUGUGCUCAUUGCAGAGAGCUGUGGGAACCGCGAGCUGCUCUGCGGACUCAGUGAACGGUUUCGGUACUCUGAGGACGAUGUGGCCACGUAUGUGGUCCAGCUGCUGCAGGGCCUGGAAUACCUGCACGACCACCACGUGCUGCAUUUGGACAUCAAGCCUGACAACUUGCUGCUCACACAUGACAAUGCUCUCAAGAUUGUGGACUUUGGCAGUGCCCAGCCCUACAGCCCCCAGGCCCUGCAGCCCCUGGGGCACCGCACUGGCACGCUGGAGUACAUGGCUCCUGAGAUGGUGAAAGGUGAGCCCAUUGGCUCUGCUACAGACAUCUGGGGUGCUGGUGUACUCACCUACAUCAUGCUCAGUGGACGCUCCCCAUUUUAUGAGCCAGAUCCCCGGGAGACAGAGGCCCGGAUUGUUGGGGGCCGCUUUGAUGCCUUCCUGCUGUACCCCAAUACCUCCCAGAGUGCUGCCCUCUUUUUGCGCAAGGUCCUUUCUGUCCACCCCUGGAGCCGGCCUUCACCGCAGGACUGCUUGGCACACCCCUGGCUUCAGGACGCCUACCUGAUGAAGCUUCGGCGCCAGACGUUGACUUUUACCACCAAUAGGCUGAAGGAGUUCCUGGGGGAACAGAAACGCCGACGGGCAGAGACUGCCACCCGCCAUAAGGUGCUGCUACGCUCCUACCCUGGCAGCCCUUAGCCUUCUGGACCCCAGAUCCCUGGCCUCCUGGACCUCAGACCCCCCCCCCCAGCCUCCUGAACUCUGCACUCUGGGAUCCCUGAAAUCCAGCUCCUGGACUCCCCCGCCCUUGUACACGGGACAUUCCAGGGGCUUAUGGCAGCACUGGGGUAGGGUGGGGGAAGGCAGAGAGGCCAAAGGGGACCGGAUACCACCAGCAACAGCCAACCAGGUGGCAUUACCUCAUGGACCCAUGGGCAACAGGAGCCCCAGGGAUAGCAUAAGCCCCACCUGGGGUACAACAAGCUUCAACCAGGCUGAAGGACUGAAGGCUGGGGGAGAUGAGGGAAUAAAGGAAAGAGGGAAUAAAGAGUCAGAAGACUGGGGUGAUGGGUGGAAGGGGGCAGAGAGAAAGAGAAAUAAUAAAAGGGAGGGCGUGGAGGGAGCCUUUGGGGGAGAGAUCGAGGGGAAUGAUGAGUAGGGUGGGUAUAAGCACCAUCACUGAAGAGAAGAAAGUGCAGGAAUAGGAAAUAAGACAGCCAGCAUCACGAGGCCGAUGGGAUGGGAGUGAUCAGUGAAGGGAUUGGAGAACCAGAAAGGGUAGGAGCAAGAGACAGAGGGAUAGUACAUCAGGAGGCCAGUCAGGCGGGCGAGAGAUGAUGCCUAGGAAAUCGGGGAGGAGGUGUUCAGUCUGUGGGUGUGGGAUGGGGGGAACUGGGCUUCAGACCCAGUGAGACUGUACUUCUUAAGACAAAGAGGUUCAAGAACAGGAUUGCCUGGAGUUUGAGAAUCAGGGAGAGAAGAGGCUAGAGAGGCCAUCCUUCCUUGCCCCUGUCCUCUCAGCUUGUGGCCCAAGGCUUCUUGCACUGGGCCUGAAGUGGUCCCACCACCUUCCUCCUCCCUCCCCCAAAUCCUCAAAGCCUUUGCCCUCACCGCCCUCAUAUUUAUUUAUUUAUUGAUUUUUGUGAAGCUUCCCCUUCCUCUCUCCAUCCUUCGCCCGACCCCUAUCUCCAGGGCUGCCCUGUGCCCUGCCUGUCUCUCCAGCCUCCAUCUGUCUGUCUGUCCCAGGGCCAAUAAAAACAACAGGUGCCAGGGA